GGACAUCGGAGUAGCGACGAGAUUUAUGAUGCUUUGUGGUUCUUUGCGAGAUCGAAUACAUCCUUGGCUUCGCGACUAUGUUAGGCUCCAAUCUCUCGCCGUCGUCCUUAUUUACGCCCAGAUUGGGUGCGCGCUGAUUGGAUCACUAGGAGCAUUGUAUAAUGGAGUUUUGCUGAUAAACCUGGCGAUUGCGUUGUUUGCGCUUGUGGCAAUCGAGAGCAAUAGCCAAAGUCUCGGCCGAACCUACGCGGUUCUUCUCUUCUGUGCUAUUCUUCUUGAUAUCUCCUGGUUCAUACUUUUCACCCACGAGAUAUGGAGCAUUUCAGCUGAGAAGUAUGUGAAGCUGGCGAUGGCGAUGGAAAUGAUUGGCUUCUUUGUGAGGCUGUCGUCCUCUCUCCUGUGGUUUCAGAUUUAUAGGCUGGGGGCUUCUAUUGUCGACACUUCACUUCCCCGUGAUGCAGAUUCUGAUUUACGAAGCAGCUUCUUGAACCCACCAACUCCUGCUAUUGCUAGGCAAUGUUCAGGUGCUGAAGAAAUCUUGGGAGGUUCUAUCUACGACCCUGCCUACUACACCUCUCUAUUUGAAGAGGGUCAAACCAAUAUGAAUUCUCCCAAGGCAACACAGGUGAAUCAUUAUUCAGUUGGGAACAAUGGAUCACCAUCUGCUGCAGAAGCCUCUCAGAUAAAGUCUCCCAAAUCCAGAUCAUUGCAUGCAAUUGAUGAAGAGAAAGGUUUGAAACUACCAGGGAUGUCUUCAUUA